GAAGUGAAGAUCAAGCGACAAAAGGUGCGGUGUCCUGCGAGCGGCAGUUCGAGUGACUCGCCAUCCAGCCGUUCCAGGUGGAGGGUUGCCACAGGAGCUGGAAAGGGAGAAUUAUGGGCCUUUACAGCUAAUAGGAGAAGAGUCACACUCACGCACCGAGUUCUGAGCAAACGUCGGCGAAGUGGACAGUGUUAUAGAUUAUGUGGUGAGGGCUAAAAGAAAUCAUGGAGCCAGGUCAACAAUUCUGUUUAAGGUGGAACAAUUACCAGUCGACACUUCAGCAUGUGUUCCAUAAAUUGUGGAUCUCAGGAACAUUUGUAGAUGUGAGUCUGGUAGUGGAGGGACACAGAUUGGACUGUCACAAGGUGGUUCUGUCAGCAUGUUCAUCGUAUUUUGAGAACAUCCUGCGAGACCACAGCAGUCACCCCCAUCCACUAAUAUUACUGCAUGAUCUACCAUACUCAGCAGUGGAGGCCCUUGUAACGUUUAUGUAUCGAGGGGAAGUGAAUGUGAGCCAGGAACAGCUAGCAGCAUUGUUACGAGUUGCAGAAACGCUGAAGGUUAAGGGCCUGGCAGACUCAGCAGCCAUAAGUAGUUUUACCAAGAGGCAGCUUCUGGAGAGAUGUAUUCCAUUGCUAGAACAUGCACCCCCUACCGGCCCACUGUCCAGUGUUUCCCAUGCCAGCUCCCCAGGCACAGUUACAAUGCCCACUCCUGGUGUAAUUCAUCACAGGGCAAGCAGAAGUAGUGUGAAUGGAGGAAAAACUUCAGCCUCAAAAGCAAUGAUGACAACGACAACUUCAGCAAGUGUAAAGAGACCAGAAAGACAGAGCACAAGUCCUGGACCUCAAAGGAAGCGACCCAGAUCUGAAGACCAGAAUUCCCUGCCACCAACCCCACCGGCCUCCCAGAAUGAUACUUCACCAAAUGAAACGUCACAACCCUCACCUGCUUCUGUGGUUGCCCCAGAGGUUUGCAAACAGGAAGCAGCUGAUGAAACCGAUGGGGAACUACAGAUAGACGAGUCUGCGGGUCAGUCUCCAAUGGAAUCAGUAGAAUGUGAUACAAACUCAACAGGUCCAGAUGGUAAUACAGAAGUAGAUGACGAGGAACUACAGACAACGACUCCAUCAGAGACUUCAGAUACUUCAUCACAAGCACAAGCCCCAGCACAACACGCACAACAGACCUCCUUAGAAAACCUGCCUUUAAGCAAAGAACGAACAACUACUCUUGGUGGUAAGUCCUGUGAGAGAACGUACACCCACCUGGAUCUUGAGGAAGGCAUUGAAGCUGUACUCCUAGGCCGCCUUACUCCAGCCAAAGCAAUUGCACAGUACCGCAUUCCCCGUAGAACCUUCUUCAGGAGGCUCUCUGCAGUGCGCAAGAGCCGUGGGAUUCCAUCGGCCAAAGAGAAUGCUGCGGAUCACUUCUUAACUGCAGCAGCUGCUGUGAAUGACCCAUCAUCACAGCUUAUUCUUCCAGUGUCCGAGUCAGAUUCUUAUGCAGCCUCUUUCAAGAUAAAGUCAGAAAAACAGCUUCUUGUGGAUGGGAAAGAGGCAAAAAUCAGAUGUAAAAAAGGUGAUGGUGUGAUGGCCCCAAAUAAUAGCUACUUCUCCCUGCUCAACCUUGCUGCUUCCAAUAACUACGAUGCUUAUCUUAAUUAUCUAAAACUUGUAGCUCAGCAAGGUGAUUGCACCAACCCUGAAGAAGUCAUUGAAGCAAUAAGAAAAGGUCAAGUCAAAGAUUUUAAGCAGACUGUGGAUGACAACAGAAACGUGGCGACUGAUGUAUCUGAGGCAGCACUUGCACUGGUCCCACACAAUGUUAGCGCAGAGUGAGAGACCAUUUGGCUGACCAGAACUCAGCAGAUUCCAGAUUUGAACAGUGAUCUUAGGAGAAGUAAUCACGAAGUGGACUUCUAAAAGAGUCCAGUGCCAAUUGCAACUAACCAUUCCAUUCAACAUUCCAUUAGGUUUAAGGACAUAUAUUAUUUGUAUAUUUAACUGGAUGGGGAUGUAGAGUUGAAUAUUUCAGCCAAAGUAUUUCCCUAUUAUGACUGCAUAGUCUAUUAUGCAAAGAUGAACUGAAUCUCAGUAUUAUUACUUCCAACUCUAACGAAGAGAACCAGAUGUUCUUGGACACUGUAAAAUAAAACUUCUCAUUCUAAUAUUCAGUUAAUUAAAGGUUUGAAAUAUCUAAUACAUGACACAAGUGAGCACAGGUGGAUGGGAUAAAAUAUCUGAAGCUUGUUUGCCACUUGCGUAAGAUAGCACAUAAAAUCCCCAAACGGAGGGAUCUUUCUGUCCAAGAAGCAGACUCAACAGUUCUGCAUCGUAAUAUGUAAGUGAAGUGGAAGUGGAAAGCCUCCACCUGCUGACCAAGUAAAGGACAACGAUAAAGUAAUAUUGCCAUUAUGAUGGGAGGGGACGAUUAUUUAGAAGUUUCAAGUCUCAAAAGCUGUGAUAACAUUCGGUACUUUAUACUAACGGUAAAUAUUAUACUCACUUUGCACAUUUUGGCCUUCUCAAGUUGCUCUCGAGAUUAAGAUUCCUGCUCCUCUAAACUGUCUUUAUUUAUCUCUAGUGUAUAAAGGUGAAAUGUAUCACAAAAGUGUGUGCAACAGGUCUGUCACUAAAUUGAAAUAUUUGUAGUGAGAUAUUACUUAAUAUCUCAAAAAGCUUUUAAUAUUACUAUUUUGGUUGGUGAAGGGCUAAAUUAUAAAAACAUUUCUUUUUUCUUUUUCUUGUUUCCCUUUUUUCCCUCUCUUUUCUCUCUCUUUUUUUUUAUUUUUAUUUUUACAAGGCAACUUUGUAAUCUAAGUGUGGGCUUACAUGUGACAUGCAUGGUGGCACUAAAUGUGAUCUCAAGUAUUGUUUACUCUGCCAUCUUGUCAAUUAGUUUCGGUACAGAAAUCAUGAAUCAUUUUGUUUAGGUAUGAUAAGAUGUUCUAUGGUCCAACUAUAGUCCUCAGGGCUCUCUCAACUUCAUGUUUUUUUCUGUGUACCAGUAAAAUGGGUAUUUUUAUGGACCGAAGAACUUCAUGCCAUCAUGCUCUUUAUUUAAUUUAUUCACAUUGAAUGGAAAACAUUAUUUUAUACAUUCCAGUUUUAGUUUAUAAAGGAACUGCCUUGAUUCUGUUUGGUUGUGGGUCUUCCCUGUACCUGUAUAGUUGUAGAGUUGCUCAGCUACCCUUAGAUGUAGGCAUUACCUUGUGUAGUAGCAUUAGGGUCCUGCAGGCAUUUGUGGUCAGUAAACAUACUUUACAAGAUAACUUGUUUUCAACUGACGGUUAGUUUAGUGCCUCAAUAGGUACUAUAUAUUCCUAUAUAGUGUAGUAAACACACCUAGCUAAUUCAAAUGAUUUGUUUUUGGGCUGUUUUUGAGCUCGUGUUCCUAUAGAAACUGUAAUAAAGUGGUAAUUAAAAGUGUCCUUACCGCAAUAGUUGGUUAUAGCAGGUGUGGCCUCGACCCUUCUUGUGAUUGCACAAGCAAAGGGAAAAGGCAGUUGUGAUCCAAUGUUUCUUUGAUCGUUAAAACAGUGUGAUGAUGCAACUUGACUCGGCUGUGAUGAAUGCAUUCAAAAUGCUCCAUCUCCUGUUUUCCACACGUUAAUUUAUAAAUAAGUGAAAUUUGAGUCACUUGUAUAAUGUGUAUAUUUAAGUGAUUGUACGUACCAUUGUGCCCCUAGAUGUUUAAGUUAUCUCAAAGGAUUUUCUGCUCAUCAUUAGGAUCCUUUUGUGAGAUUACAAGAGGCAGCUUUUUGAGGAAGUGCAAAUAACCCCUCAUGUAAUGUAUUAAAACAAUGGCAUUAUUAAUUUAAGUUACUGUUUAGCGAUCUCAUAUAUGUACAGUGUAUGCCUAAGUUUACUACGAGUUAGUGGCAUCUUGUCUAUGCUUAGCACCUGUUGUGGUACCUGUCUCAGCUGGUGGCCAUAAAUGCUGGUAUAUUAAGUGGUAAAUAUCUUUUGUGACAUACGGCUACCAGCAUUGUCUUUGCUCGAACUUUAUGUUUAUGUUUGCGUCUUGAUGUCUGUGGGCAUUAAAAAGUCACAACAUUGCAAUUACAUGUAUAUUACUGUUGUACAGUUAUGUGCUUCCUGUUGAGGUUGCUAUACUUUCUUUUCAUUGUCUCCUGUUCCAGGCAAGAAAUGGACUUAGAUAGUCCUGUGUUAUUUUUUUCAUCUUGCAGCAAGCAUUAUAAAUUGUGUCAAUUGAAGGUAGCAAUAUAUCUUGUAACUACAUAUUGCUUUUGUUGCUUUCAUUUGGAGGAAAAAAUUUGAUUUGGUAUGUACUUAAAAGAUCUGAAAAAAACUGUGAUAAGAGGUAGCUUUUCUACGCUUGAACACAUUCCAUGAUGUUAUCCUUUUGGAGAAACGAAAUGCACCAUUCCCGACCCUGUGAUAAUACUCGUGUCUUGUAUUUUCAUUUUGGCCCCGUACACAAUAUUUGUAUUGAUGGUAGCUUGCACCCAGAGGGAUAGCGCGCUGGGUUGAGCUGAAAGAUCCAAUUAUAUUAGAACAAAUUUGUAUAUACAGUAUAUUUAUCUCUCUGUGUAGGUGUAUGUAUGCACACACACACACACACACACACACACACACACACACACACACACACACACACACACACACACACACACACACACACACACACACACACACACACACACACACACACAUACACACACACAUACAUCUGUAUACAUGUACGCACAUAUACAUACAAGCUUUCUAUAGAAGUAAGGGAGACCCUUUGUAAAUUACCAAUAGAGAAUUGCGGAUAUGGAUUUUUCAGCAUCAAUCCAAAUUGCUGUGGUGUGUGAGACAGAGUGUGGGUGUGUACAAAUAGAUUUGUUGUAUAACUGUGGGCCAGAGUUAUAAAGUACUCUACUUCCAAGUGUCACAGGGAUAAUCUGUAGACUCCUAUGUUCUUAGAAUUCUUGUAUUUUUCUACAGUGGUUUCUAAUUAAGAUUUUUGAAUAAAAUUUUCUAAGAAUUGAAA